CUAAUACCGCAUCGUACCGCUCGCCAACGGCGCAGUAUGUACCCUGGCCAUGGAUGUCAGGGUGACUUGGCGAUACCUUGCAAGUCGCAGAUACAGGUCCCGCCGAUGUCUCCUGCUGUCUUCUGCACUUGGCAGUAUGUGGUAUCUGCCCGAGCCCGAGGUUCCAAUGACCUGAUCGAAGCUCCCGUGCUGCUAUUGCUGCGACCAACAUCCUCGACCUUCGUUCACAGACUCGUUCAACACUUGAGUCUACACAUGCACAAUAUUGCCUUGAUACCCCUGUAUUGCUCUCUUACUUUCAUUCUUGUAAUUCAUUAUCAUCAUGAUUAGGUCAUCGACAGGUCGAGUGGCCGCUAUAGCAAUCAUCUUUCUUUUCGUUGUAGCCCUUUUCCAGAACAACAGCGCUGGGACAUACGCCUUCCUACCCUCCCUCUCAUCAACAUCGAAGCUCCCCUCCUAUCCCUCUACAUGGCUGCGCGAACGCAUGGCGCUCUCAGAAAAAUCGUGGAAGAAGAGUGUUGAGCUGCGCGAGAAGAUGGCCGCAUCGCACCCAGCAAACCCAAAGGUUCCUUUCUUCCCGACCGACUUCUUGAAGUACCCAUUCACAGUAUGGGACUUCUUCCCUGCAACCUGGACAUGUCCACACGAUUUCCAGCGCGUAGGUCGUCUUGGCGAUGGCGGCAAAUGGGUCUGUGGUAUGAGCAUAUAUGAGAGCAUACCGGCCCCGAAACCCAUUAGUGCCGAAGCUGUCGAAGUGCGUGAAGCAGCCAUCCAAGCCGCCGAGCAAGGUCUUAUGAUCUACAGCUUUGGCAUCAACGGCGAGUCGUCGUUUGAAGCCGAGAUGCUCGAACGUGUACCCAGCGCGCGUAUUUGGGGCUAUGACUUCUCGGUCGAGGGCUGGGGAAAGCAGAUUCCGACAUCCGAGCGACACCGCACGUUCUUCCAGAAAGUUGGGCUCGGUAAUGAGGACAAGCAUGAUGCAUCACCAGCGUUCUGGACACUGCCGGAACUAAUGAAAGCGAAUAACCACACGUACAUUGACAUUCUUAAAAUCGACAUCGAGGGCAGCGAAUACGAUGCGCUCGACACCUUCAUGGAUGCUUUCGAUGGUGUCCAGAGCGCAAGCGGCAAGAGUGUAUUGCCCAUUGGGCAGGUUAUGAUCGAGCUGCAUCUUGGUAAUGGAGACAUUACGGAUAAAGUCGAUUUUGAGAGGUUCAGGAAGUGGUGGGAAAGGCUGGAGAGAAUGGGUAUGAGGCCUGCAUGGAUAGAGAUCAAUCUCUUUGCUGUCACGCUUGGGAAACAGAAGAGCAACCCAAGGUGUACCGAGUAUGUUUGGGUUAACGCGAAAGAUGAGCGCAGUGUGCUGUGGCGAUAGUAUAGUGUCGUCUGAUCCUCAUGGCCUAGUUGAACAUGUGCAAAAGCCGGGUGGCUCUUGGAAAAAGCAUGUCCAUACCAAGACCUGUGUCAACCAAGAUGGUCGUCAUUAAAUUGAUCAGCGAUAUGCAUGGCAUAUUGAUCUCAUUAGGAUUUAAACAAACUAGAAAUAUGGGGUCUGCAAGAAAAGCCAUUGCUCACUGGGUGUAAUCGAUCUAGCGCGCGGUGAGCGUGGUUCUUACUUUGGCACAUGGGAUUGUCUUCUAUAUUUACAGCAAUGCGAGACAGAGGUG